AUGGCCACCCCUAGUGUCCUGGCCUUUGACGCUGAGGGUCGCGCCAUUGACUUUGCGGUCUGGGUCAAGGACCUGCAGCUGUACUUGCAGUGCGAUUCAGUAGACGACAUCUCUCUCUUUGACUUUGCCUCUGGCGCUGUCCCUGCCCCUCCUGCUGAUGCUGACCCCACUGUUCGCUCCAAGUGGGCCACACGCGAUGCUGCUGCACGUCUUGCUGUGCGUCGCCACCUCCCUUCCUCUGAGCGUGCACACUUUAGUCAGUGCAAGACCGCUCAGGCCUUGUACGACGCUGUAGUUGCGCGCUACUCCUCCCCUUCCACUGCUACACUGAGCCGCCUCAUGCUACCUUACCUCUUUCCUGACCUUGCUGCCUUUCCUACAGUCGCUGACCUCUUUACCCACCUUCGCGCUAGUGACACUCGCUACCGAGCUGCGCUUCCUGCUGCCUUCUGCGCCGAAAACCCCCCUCCCAUGUACAUCACCCUCUACUUUCUAGUCACCCGUCUCCUUGAGUCCCUUCGUGCUGUUAGGGACCAGUUUCUCUCUGUCUGUCCCACCACCCUCACUAUCGACCUCCUCGAGAUGUCCCUGCUAGCGGCCGAGAAGAGCAUAGUCGCUGUAGGGGCCUCUCGUGGUGACCCCCGCACCCCCAUCUUUGAGGGGUGUUCUCCUCCCCCCCUGUUACCCUCUGUCGCCUCUGCUGCUGCGGCCGACCUCAUUGGUCUAGAGUCGGUCGGUGCGGCGUCUGCCCCCAGCGGUAGGCGCCACUCUGGCAAGGGCAAGGGGGGCAAGGGAGCGGGUGGAGCUAGCGGGGGCGGUGGCGGAGGAGGUGGGGGCGGCGGGGGGAGUGGGGGUGGCGGUGGAGGUGGGGGCGGGGGUGGAGGUACUAGUGGCGGCAGUGGAGGCGGAGGUGGCGGCGGAGGUGGCGGUGGAGGUGGCGGUGGGAGCGGCGGGGGAGAGGGUGGCGGUGGCAGCGGUGGCGGCGGAGGCGGGGGUGGCGGUGGUGGAGGUGGUCGGAGUGGCUCGUCCCAGCGGAGCAGCACUGGGGGUGGUCAGCGCCAGCAGCAGCAGCAGCAGCAACGCUCUCGCGACGUCCCCGCCCCUCAGCAGCUCCGUGAGUGGUACAUGCAGCGUCAGCGUGGUGGGGCGUUCGGUCCCUGCACCUACGUCCUUCGCACCGGCGACCGUGCGGGUGAGCAGUGUGGGGGCACCCACACCGCCCGCCGCUGCUUUGCCCGCCUGACCGACGCUUGGCGCCAGCAGUUUCCGGAGGCCUCUGCGAUCCCCCGCUGGGGAGAGCUGUCUAGGGCUGGUGUAGCUAUCUUUGAUCUUGACUUUGAUGCUAUCCUUGCUGCCAUGUAUGCUGUGACUGUUAGUGAUGAGGGUGACUGUUACCGGUGUUUCCCGCCCGACCCGGGCAUUGGUACUGCUGCGUCAGGUGCCAGUGAGGCUGCUGCUCUAGGUGCCAGUGCGUCUGUGCUCUCAGGUACUGAUGAGUCUGCACUCUCAGGUACUGUGUCGGCUUCGGCCUCUCACACCUUCACCCUUGACUCUGGGGCGUCUCGCUCCUUCUUUCGGGACUGCACCACUCUCACGCCGCUUAGUCGGCCGGUUGCGGUGUCCCUGGCUGACCCCUCUGGGGGUCCUGUCCUGUCUCGUUUCUCCACAGUCCUCCCGUGUCCGGCGGCUCCCUCUGGCACCCUGUCUGGUCUCUACCUCCCCUCGUUCUCUACGAACCUGGUGAGUGGUGCUGACCUACAGGAUGCGGGUGUCCACCAGUUCACUCCUGCUCGUCAGCGGGUGACACACUGCACAGAGGCUAGCACAGGUCGCCACCUGGCUACGUUUACACGUCAGCCAGGGUCGAGCCUGUACACACUGACCACUGCUUCUCCUCCAGGUGCUGAGUCUGGUAGAGUCUCUUCGUCUGGUCAGGUGUUUGCUGCAGCGUCCAGGUCUGGUCCUGAGUCUGCCCCCUGUUCGUGUCGCUGUCUGUCUCACGAGACCCUCCUCUGGCACCACCGCCUUGGCCACCCCUCUCUGCUUCGCCUCAGAGGCAUGGCCUCCCGUCUUCUUGUGUCUGGUCUCCCCCGGUCCCUCCCUCCCCUUCCUCAGGGCCCUGGCCCUGCCUGUGUCCCCUGUGUCGAGGGGCGCCAGCGUACUGCCCCUCACUCCUCCCAGUUUCCUCCGACAGAGGCUCCGUUGCAGACGCUUCACAUGGACGUGUGGGGCCCUGCCCGCGUCGAUGGACUCGAUCACGAGCGCUACUUCCUGUUGGUGGUUGACGACUACUCGCGUUACACCUCAGUCUUCCCCUUGCGCAACAAGGGUGAUGUCACUGAGGUGCUGAUCGACUGGAUCCGCGCAGCUCCUCUCCAGCUCAGCUCGGACUUUCCUGUGUUGCGUCUGCACUCGGACAGAGGCGGAGAGUUCUCCUCUGGCCUUCUGCGUGCCUACUGUCGUGCGCGAGGCAUCCGCCACACCUUCACGCUUCCGGACUCACCGCAGCAAAAUGGGAUUGCAGAGCGCCGCAUUGGCAUGGUCAUGGACGUUGCUCGUACGUUCAUGAUGCAUGCGGCUGCCCCCCAUUUUCUGUGGCCGUUUGCGGUCAGGUACGCGGCGCAUCAGAUCAACCUCCACCCCAGGGUCUCUAGGCCGGAGACCUCCCCAGCCCUGCUGUGGACGGGGAAGGUUGGCGAUGCGUCGGCGUUCCGGGUCUGGGGAUCUCGGGCGUUUGUCCGCGACCUGUCUGCGGACAAGCUGUCCCCUCGCGCUGCUCCCUGCGUCUUCCUGGGGUUCCCCCCCGACGCCCCUGGGUGGCAGUUCUACCACCCCACCUCUCGACGUGUUCUAUCCUACAAGGAUGUCACGUUCAACGAGUCGGUACCCUACUACCGCCUCUUCCCCUACCGCACUCCGUCCCUCCCCCCGCCCCCGCUCUUCUUGGUACCAGGUCCCCCCCCGGUCGACCCCCUCCCACCUCAGGGUCCUGCCCCUUCAGGUGCGUCCCAGGUAGACGCGGUUGAGCCUGUCGAGGUCACUGGUGACUCUGGUGCUGCUGCGGGAGCUGAGCCUGGGGGUGCUGGGACUGGAGGUGCUACGCCUGGGGGUGCUGAGACUGGGGGUGCGGAGUCUGAGGGUGCUGAGCCUGGGGGGUGCUGA